AUGGAGGGGUACAACCGUACUAAAAACAUUUUGAAACCUAAUCAUGGGAAUACAAGUGAAAUUGUUAGGGCAUAUGUAAAAAACAUACAAGAGUUGCCUACAAUAACUGGCAGGAAAGUAAACAAGAUACAUGAAUUUAUUAAGAACCUGAGCUACAAUGUACAAUCGUUAGAAACAUUGGGUAAACUAUCGCAGAGUUUGUCAAUGGUACGGGGUGUUAUAGAGAAAUUACCUGGUAUUAAGGCAGAGUUGGUCACAAAUCAGGUUGGAUGGCAAGAUUGGGGAUUUGCUGAUUUGUUAAAAGCUCUGGAAAAUUGGAAAGCAAUACAUCCGGUGGAAAGUUCAAACGAAGUUGUUACCGAACAUAACCCUAGGACCCCAUACAACCGCAAUCAUUCGUUCUUCUCCAAAGAUUCCUCAACACCAAAGGGUUGCGUUUACUGUAAUGAUGAACAGCACAAGUCGUAUGAAUGUAAGAAGGGUUGCUACACCAACUGA